CUGUUUCUUCUGAUGGUGUUGCAGAUGUGGAAGGCUACUGCAGGCCACACCAUUUCUGUCAAUCAGGAUGAUGGAGCUGAUGACUGGGAGACAGACCCUGAUUUUGUGAAUGACGUGAGUGAGAAAGAACAGCGCUGGGGAGCUAAAACUGUGAAAGGAUCUGGCCACCGAGAGCACAUCAAUAUUCAUCAGCUGAGAGAGAAUGUAUUCCAAGAACACCAGAACCUCAAAGAGAAGGAGCUUGAAACAGGACCGAAAGCUUCCUAUGGCUAUGGAGGGAAAUUCGGCGUCGAGCAGGAUCGCAUGGAUAAAUCAGCUGUUGGGCAUGAAUAUCAGACCCAGCUUUCUAAGCACUGCUCCCAAGUGGACUUGGUGAAAGGAUUUGGUGGCAAGUUUGGAGUACAAACUGACAGAAUUGACCAGACAGCUGUUGGGUUUGAAUAUCAGGGGAAACCUGAGAAGCAUGCCUCCCAAACAGACUACUCAGGUGGUUUUGGUGGAAAACAUGGAGUACAGGCUGACAGAGUGGAUCAGGGUAAAACUGAGAAGCAAGAUUUAUCUCAAGGAGAUUAUUCCAAGGGCUUUGGUGGUAAAUAUGGUGUUGAGAAGGACAAAGUGGACAAAAGUGCUGUUGGCUUUGAGUAUCAAGGCAAAAUGGAAAAACAUGAAUCACAGAAAGAUUAUGUGAACGGGUUUGGAGGCAAGUUUGGAGUGCAGAGAGACAGACAAGACAAGUGUGCACUUGGCUGGGAUCACCAGGAGAAAGUGCAGCUGCACGAAUCCCAGAAAGACUAUAAGAGUGGUUUCGGAGGGAAAUUUGGUGUGCAGAGAGAAAGGCAGGACCCAUCUGCCGUGGGGUUUGAUUACAAGGAGAAACUAGCCAAGCAUGAAUCUCAACAAGAUUACUCGAAAGGAUUUGGUGGGAAGUAUGGUGUCCAGAAAGAUCGGAUGGAUAAGAAUGCAGCAACUUUUGAAGAUAUUGAAAAACCAGCAUCAACUUACCAGAAGACCAAACCAGUAGAAGCUGUUGCCAAUAAAGCAAGCAUCAUCCGAGCUAACUUUGAAAACCUGGCCAAGGAGAAGGAGCAGGAGGACCGCAGGAAGGCAGAAGCUGAGAGGGCACAGAGGAUGGCCAGGGAGAAACAAGAACAGGAGGAGGCCCGAAGGAAACUGGAGGAGCAAGCCAAAGCCAAAAAGCAAACUCCACCCUCAUCUCCUACUGCACAGCCAGCUGAGCAGGAGGCUCCCUCAAGCCCAGUCUAUGAGGGCUGCUGAGCCUCACCUCUGUUUCUGCAGGAUGCAGUUUCCAGUGAGGUGCAGGCUGCCUACAAGGACCCCAGCCCAGCCGCGCCUGAGCCGGAGCCUGGCUACAGAACUGCAGAGUACCAAGAAGCAGUGAGUCAGCGAGAGGCAGAGUAUGAACCAGAGACUGUCUACGAGGUGGCAGGAGCAGCAGAGCAUUACCAAGCAGAAGAAAAUGCUUAUGAUGAAUAUGAGAACGAACUUGGGAUCACAGCCAUAGCCCUUUAUGAUUACCAAGCUGCGGGCGAUGAUGAGAUCUCCUUCGACCCAGACGACAUCAUCACCAACAUCGAGAUGAUCGACGACGGCUGGUGGCGGGGGGUCUGCAAGGGCCGCUAUGGGCUCUUCCCUGCCAACUACGUGGAGCUGAGGCAGUGACUGCUGCGGGCUGCUGCUUAUGCCUUAAUUCCCCAGCCGUGAGAUCUGGCUCCCUACAGGAGGACCGGUGAUGAUUUCUGAGGAGGGAGGGGGUGUAUCCAUCCUGCUUUUAUAUUUAAUACUUUGCUGAUGCUUUUUAAAAUGUUUAUGCCACAGAAAUCGCUAAUAUAUUGUAACUCUUCUGCUCCUCACUCAGGCUCCUGGGGGCUAUCUCCAUGCAUUUGGAAACGUUUCUUCUCUGCCAAAUUAGCAAUUGUCAUGAACAGCCUUCCUGAGGACAGCUAGCUGUCUGUUGUAAUAGUGCAUGUUGGACUCCUAAGUGAGCAGACUUCCUUAGUGUUCCAGUCUAGAUAGUCUUCCACUAAAUGUUUUCAGCUGAGAAAGUCAUGGCUAUGCAGGUUGCAUUUCCACAAAGAGGCAGUGGGGAGGGCUGGGGAGGUGCAUAAUUUUUUUUCUUCUUUUUGUCUUGAAAAAGCAAAGAAAAUGCUUGGAAGUUGCAGCCAUUGGCAGUGAAUCAAAUACUGUCUGGUAUUUAUGGAAUAUUAGUGUUAGGAAGGAAACAGUCUGGUCACUUUUUCCUUCUCUUUUAAAGUGAAGCUCCUUGGCUCUUGCAUUGAGAUUUUUUUAUUAUGACUUUUUUCCUGCUCCUCCUGUCCAUGUUUUCCCAGAGAGGGCCUGCAAACACUCUAGCACUGAUUGUCCCAAAUUUCUUUACUCUUUUUUUCUGGUUUCACUUUCCUCUUUCCCAGGAAAACUUGGAAAAGUUCCUGUACAAGUGCUGAGUCACUCAGCAAGGCUCCCACUUGUUCAAAGGGAAACUGGCACCCGGAGCUGUGUGAUUGAUUACCUGCAGGAAGGGGCUCACUGCUUUAAACAGGGGGGAACGGGCAGCUGGGUUCUGUGUGCAUCAUGUCCUUUGUUCUCACAAGGAAUGGCCUGCAGUGCCCUGAGGACAUUCUGUGUAACCAUCUUUGAGUCCAGGAGUGUCAAUACAAGUAACUGGAUGUACAACUCAUGCAAAUGAUCUCUGUUUUUACUCCAUACAAAAGACAACUGUACUCUGUGUGUGUGUUCAGCAGAAACUGCCAGUAACCUUCUACUAAACAACAGAACUAAACCUGUUCUUUGCCAAAACUGAAGUUCUCCUUGUUCUAGAAAGCUGCAGAUUUAGGGUCCCUACCAAAGAGUGCAAGCUGCAUCUAACACUGCAGGUGUUCAGUGUCUGUUACUGUCUGUUUCCACCUUGUGAUCCAAAUGGGAGUGGCAGAACUGGUGCAGGAGCUAAGAAGGAAUGCAAAGAAUGGUCAUAACCUGCAAAUUUGGACCAAUGGACUAGAGGAGGCCUGUGUGAAACAGUGACAUGCUUAAUGUAGCUAGGAAGAAGGCAUCAUGUUGAACCAAGUCUUGGAUGGUUGGGACAAUCCUUACCAAAUGUCAUGCCUGUGUCAUGAUUCUGUACCUGUUUUCCCUCUCCACAGUCUCAUUUCUGUGUCAUUUGCAUUACUAGGGUUGGGUUUUAUAUGCAGUUUAUUUUAUCCAAUUUUGCAUAGAACACCUCAUAGGGAUAUGAUUUUUUGUAAAUUAAAUAUUCAAUAAA